AUGUGCCGUUUUGGGCUCCAGACCAAGGACGGCGAGGCCGUGUUGAAGCCGACCCUAGUGCUUACCAACCUGGCAGGUGUGGCCAAAGCCCUACAACGCCGGUGCAAUGGUCAUCAUCCAACACAUCGACCUCUUCUUGGUGGCGGGCGAGCACGCGAUGCAGCACGCUACACCGACUCUUUUGUGCAGGCCAUCUUGCGUGGUUUGCGAGAAUCUCUUGUAUGGAGACACUUUCCAGUGUUUCACAUGCCGGACCAAUGGCUCCGGUGUUGGGGCAACUUACGGUGCCAACACUUUGUGCCCCGCUAUGCCUUGGCGCUUCCUCAAGAAUGCCAACAAUUUUCUGGGCAGGACCUCGAGUUCACCGGUCAGCGUGUCACCCACCAGCACUUCGUCGACGGCCGCAGCGUCGUCACUCGUGACAACUGGAAGUUGGCCACGCCCUCAUUGCACAGUUCUGUGGCGUGGACCGGCUUCACCGAGUUCGAGGUCACUCCUACAGUGGUGCUCCCGGACAGCUAUCGGAGCACAGCCUUGUGGGUGGCCAAAUCGGCCGCCCACGAUCUUCAUGCUUUUGUCUCAGACGAGACCGAUUUUCAGACAGAAUGGCUUCAAAUGUUUCCGUCGCACAGAAUUUUGGGGGAUGGGCGCUCGGCAAGUUCGAGUCGCGCUGCUCCCGACGAGGACUUCGACUUCGACACCUUUGUGGAUUCAGCGGAUGUGGCGACGGAACCAGAAAGAUUUCGGCAGUCGCAGAAAGAUGAAGGAGUACCUGCUGUUGCUGGGAAGAAACCGGAACUUGGCGAAGAUGAACGUUCCGCCCGCCGAGAACUGCGAGAUCUACCUGUACGGCCGAACUCCAUUGGGAGAAGCAUCCUAGCGCCGGAUCUGCGUCGGGAAGUAUACCGGAUCCAUCGCAAUUUGGGACAUCCUGAAAGAAAAGCGUUUUGUCGAGCCUUGAAGCACGCCGGAUGUCGUGAUGAGGUGUUGACGUACGUGAAGGAUGAAUUUCAGUGUCCUAUUUGCAAAGCCAAGCAACGACCAGCCAGCCAUCGACCAGCGCAUCUGGUUAGAUCGAUGCCGUUCAACGAAGUCAUCGGUCUGGACCUAGUCUUUUACCAGAAGAAGAUACUGUUGAACCAGAUCUGCUGGGGAACCUCUUAUCAGAUCAUCAGCAUCGAGGUGACGAAGGCCUUUGUUCGCGAUUGGAUAAUGCGCUUCGGGGUCCCUCGGCUAGUCGUCGUGGAUCAGGGAGGCGAAUUCGCCUCCGACUUCUUCUGCAAUGUGAUAGGGGACGCUGGAGCUAUUGUGCACUUCACCGAUGCAAGGGCGCCGUGGCAAAACUCCAGGACCGAGAAGGCAGGUGGAAUCUUCAAACAGAAGCUGGAGAAGAUAUGUGAAGAGAUGGUGGUCAAGUCCGACGCGGAGUUCCACUGGUCAGGGCCUGGAUUGGUGGUGGCUCUGGCUUCCAAUCACCGCUCCGUAUGGGUUAGCGUGCGCGGAUAUCUCGUCAAAGCCUCUCGGGAACAAGUUCGCCUGGCAACCAGCGAAGAGAACAUUGGAGUGGAAUUGGCAGAGAUACUGUCGAAUGAGAUGUUGGAGAAGCUCAACCAGGCAUCGGUUAAGCACUACAAAGACAUCCAAGAGGAGGGUGGACCACUGGCCGCGGAAGCGGCCGAAUUGCAAGACCUGGAGAGAUCUCCGACAAACCAGUCGCCAGAGUCAGCGAUUCCAACCACGUCGAAUCUUCAGGAGCCGGACACGGAGGUAGAAUACUCUCCGUCGAUCGCCGAUGCCGACAUGCAGGUGGACGAGCCAUCACCAAUGACCGGGCAGGAGGCGGACAACGGACAGACGGCUAGAGAUCCAGUUUUCUCGCUGGAAGAAGGAGGGUCCACCCGGACACCGAUCAUUUGGAACGAUGAGAUUUGGACCAAUACGGCAAAGCUCUUCAGCAGAGAACGUGGCUAUGCCGUACCCAUGGACUCAACCAAUGCCUUCGAUGCCUACACCUCCUGGCAGAUCAAUGUAUCUGGAAGUAGUGAUCACCAAAAGGAUGGCGCGAAGUACUGGUACGACAAGGUCCAUGGACGACGAGAACCAGUAGCAGUCAGGAAGAGCGAGGAAUUCCCGGCUUACUUGGCACAGGCGUUCUUCAGUCAGAUGGACAGGAAGUUCUUCAUCGUCAAGAAGAAGGAGUCGCCGGGCCAAGUGAACUUCUGCAAGCUUAGAGAGCAAGAGAAGGUGGUUUUCCGGGCAGCGAGGAAUUUCGCCGAAAACAUCCUGACCAUGUCCUGUCGUCCUGUACUUCCCGACGACUUCGAUGCUAACCAACCUGGAGAACAUCGGGAACAAGUGGCGGCGAAAUCGCGGUGGUGCGUGGUAGGAUGGCGAGACCCACACAUCCACGAGAUCGAACGUUCAGCACCUACACCUUUGUCAAGUUCGAUCUACCUCUUCUUGCAGUUGGCAGCCUCGCGAGGAUGGGAUGCGGUGGUGAAGGACGCCAAGACGGCCUUCCUGCAGGCUAAACCAACGACGAGGAGACAGAAGUUGGCUUGCGCAAUGCCUCCGGACGAGUGUUUUCCCGGAUAUGACCCAGAGCAGCUCAUCAUCCUGGAGACAGAGGUCUACGGCAUAGUCAGCGGACCUUCGUGGUGGAGACGUUCACUGCUGGACAUCCUGGUUAAGGAAUUGCGGUACCGGAUCUCCGCCUUCGACAAGUGCGUGCUCACCCUUGACGCCAACGAAGAGGACAGCGACCAAGAGAAGACCCAAGGAGUCAUCGUGAUAGAAGUGGAUGACAUCCUGGAAGCUGGAAAUCGGCGUCACCGGGAAAACAUGGCCAAGCUCGAGGCACGACUGCGUUUCGGAAAGGUAGUCCGGCUGAAAGACCGCCCGGAAGGAUCGGCCUACGCAGGCCGACGAAUCAUGCAGAUGAAAGACAACACCGUCAUGUACACCAUGGCCGACUACAUUGCCAACCGCCUGAAGGUCAUCAAGCCCGAAAGGAAGGUGUGUAAAAAAGACGCCAAGGACGUGAACUUGAACGCCGAAGAGGAAUCCCAGCUUCGCGGCGCAAUUGCUGCCGUGAACUGGGUGGCCCGAGAAGGCCGGCCAGAUGUGGCGGCCGCCGCGAGUAUCCUCUCCGGAUGCUUCCCGGGACCUACGAUGGCCGACAUCUAUGCCGUUAACCAGGUGAUCGACCACUUGAAGGCCCGCCGCGUCGUGUUGAAGUUACAGUUUCACCCGAUCCCGGAGAACCAGGUAAGACACUUGCUCAUCAGCGACAGCUCCUUCGAUCCCACCGGCAAGCACAAAGCUCAACAUGGUUGGUUGCAGGCGAUAACCACUCCGCAAUUGAAUGCAGGACAGCCAGCGCCUGUUUCAUUGAUGGGAUGGAAGUCGCGGCGCCUUCGCAGAAAGGCAGGCAACACACUGCUCCAUCAGCCUGUCCACAGCGUUGGGGGCCAUCGAAAAACAAGUCUCGAUGUGGAACAGCUUCUGCUGCUCGAAGUACUCACCACGGCUGGAGCUUGGGGGCGACGAUGUGGAGUUGGGACUGCGUGGAACCACUACGGUCAUCGCCAACGAGUCAACGAGACGGAAGAAUUUCGAGAUCCUCUGACUGUGGCAGUAGUAGAUGCGAAGUCGCUAUAUGAUGCAGCAAGCACCGAGCAAUCGCAAGGUGAGGACGAUCGGUCAGCGUUAGAGGUUGCGAUUAUCCAUGAAAGCCUGCAGAAGGUUAAGGGUAGGAUUAGGUGGAUCCCCCAUAACUGCAACCCCGCAGACUCCCUCACCAAGCUGGAUGGGGCCCAUAUGCAGCCCAUGAUGGAGUUGCUGAAACGCAACACCCUGCGUGUAGAGGAAGAGACCACGGUUCUUCAACGUGGCAAGCAGGGUGAUCAAAGACUGAAAGUCAAGGCCUAA